AUGGCGGGCCCCGGGGAGCAGACGCCGCUGCUGGGCACGGGCGGCCCCGGCGCUCGGCGGGCGGCGUCGGCGUUCGCGGGUCGGCACGCGGCGUGCGGCGCCGUGCUGCUGACGGAGCUGCUGGAGCGCGCCGCCUUCUACGGCGUGACGGCCGACCUGGUGCUGUUUCUGAACGGCGCGCCGUUCGGCUGGGAGGGCGCGCAGGCUAGCCAGGCGCUGCUGCUCUUCAUGGGCGUCACCUACCUCGUGUCGCCGUUCGGCGGCUGGCUGGCCGACGCGCUGCUCGGCAAGGCCGGCACGAUCGUGCUCAGCCUGGCGCUGUACCUGCUGGGCAUGCUGGCCUUCCCGCUGGUGGCCGCGCCUUCCACGCGCGCCGCGCUCUGCGGGCCCCUGCGCCCCGCGCGCAUCGCCAACUGCUCGGCGCCCUUCCCCAACGGCAGCGCCACCUGCCCCGACGGCCCCGCGCGCUAUUGCGCGCCCGCCACCUUCGUGGGGCUCGUGGUCGUGGGGCUCGGCGUGGGCACCGUCAAGGCCAACAUUACGCCGUUCGGCGCCGACCAGGUUAAAGACCGAGGCCCUGAAGCCACACGGCGCUUCUUCAAUUGGUUUUAUUGGAGCAUUAACCUGGGCGCCAUUGUCUCGCUGGGCGGCAUUGCAUACAUCCAGCAGAACAUCAGCUUCGUCGUGGGCUACGUCAUCCCCACCGUGUGCAUUGGAGUGGCUUUCGUGGUCUUCCUGUGUGGCCAGAGCUUCUUCAUCACCAAACCCCCCGAUGGCAGCGCCUUCACCGACGUGGCCAGGAUCCUGGCCUACUCGUGCUGUCCGCAGCCGCAGAUGGCAAAGCGCCGGAGCAGCGGUGAAGGCAUUGGCGUCCCUCAGCCAUCUUCUAAACACAGUCUGUUUGAUUCAUGUAAGAUGUCUCGAGGAGGGCCGUUCCCGGAAGACAAAGUGGAAGACGUGAAAGCUCUCGUCAAGAUUAUCCCCGUCUUCUUGGCUCUGAUACCAUACUGGACGGUGUAUUUUCAAAUGCAGACCACGUACGUCCUGCAGAGUCUACACCUCAAGAUCCCCGAGAUCUCCAGUAUCACCACCACCCCCCACACGUUCCCGGCGGCCUGGCUGACCAUGUUCGACGCCGUGCUCAUCCUUCUGCUGAUCCCCCUGAAGGACAAGCUGGUGGACCCCGUUCUGCGAAGGAACGGGCUGCUGCCCUCCUCCCUUAAGAGGAUCGCCGUGGGCAUGUUCUUCGUCAUGUGCUCGGCCUUUGCUGCAGGCAUCCUGGAGAGCAAACGGCUGGAUCUGGUGAAGGAGAAGACCAUCAACCAGACCAUCGGGAACGUGGUGUACCACGCAGCCGACUUGCCCAUCUGGUGGCAGCUCCCGCAGUACGUGCUCAUUGGCAUCAGUGAGAUCUUCGCCAGCAUAGCCGGCCUGGAGUUCGCAUACUCAGCUGCCCCCAAGUCCAUGCAGAGCGCCAUCAUGGGCUUGUUCUUCUUCUUCUCCGGCAUCGGGUCCUUCGUGGGCUCUGGACUCCUGGCCCUGGUGUCCGUCCGUGCCAUCGGCUGGAUGAGCAGCCACACAGACUUCGGGAACAUCAACGGCUGUUACCUGAACUACUACUUCUUCCUCCUGGCCGCCAUCCAGGGCGCGACACUCCUGCUCUUCCUCAUCGUGUCUGUGAGGUACGACCGGCAACGGUCACGGGCCAGCGGCGGGCCCUCUGGAGCCAGGGCCUGA